UUUGAAAGAGCAGCGCGCGCAGCCCGGCACGAGGACAAGAUGGCGGCGGCGGCGUUGGAGCGUAGUUUUAUCGAGAUCUGCGGGUUUGAACGGGAAGCGGCGCGCCGGUUCCGAGAUGUGACCGUGAAUCUGGGUGUGAGUCCUCUUCCAGGUGGAGUGAAAUUUGCAGACGGAGCUGGAGCUUUUCAUUAUGAGGAGAGUGGGAAGCUGCUGUCGGUCACCAGCAACAGAUUCAUCCACUGGUCGACGUCUGGGGACACAGUCCAGCUGGUGGAAGAGUCUCUGGACACCAACCUGCUCAACAACAAUGUCAGAAUCCGGUUUCCCCACUGCUCGAUUUUGCCCGGAGGAGUCCAGAUCCAGGAGACCCUUAACCAUGUUGUCGUCCUGAUUUGCACCAAUCAGAGCGUCCACAGGGUGACGCUGCAACACCCCACCAGGAUGUACCGCAGCGAGCUGGUCACGGAGCUGCACAUGCAGUCCAUCUUUACUGACGUGGGGAAGCUGAGUUUGCAGGACCCUCCUCACAGCGCCCUCAUCCCAGGGGGCCACACAGGAAAUCCCAGCACCUCUGCAGCCUGGCUCAGCUUCCAGGGGGAGGCUCACUUUGCCAUGGCUUCACCAGCUGGAGGAAUCACCGUGGUGACGCUGCCACCUCAGGACGUGGAGGACGGUGUGACGAUGGUGGAACUGAGGCGGAGCUCCGUGAUGAGUAGGCUCUCUGGGUGGAUGCCCACAGCCAUCCGUGGGGAGCAGAGUCCAGCGGACCUGGUCCUCAGUCUGGCUGUCAGGGAGCUGGAGGAAGACUCCUUCAUCUUCGCCCUGUGUCAGGAUCACAGGCUGCGGAUGUGGUCCCUCAAGAACCAGGCCUGUCUGCUGGAGGCGGACAUGUUGGACUACAUGCCGGCGUGUCGAGGCGUGAAGCGUCUGUCUGGUCAGGGGCACCGUCUCCGCCUGGCCUUCUCCUCCACCACUGGACUUUGCCUAGGGGUCUACCUGGCCAUCCCCCAAAGAGGACAGUUCACCGUCCUGCAGCUGGUUGCUACGGACAACAAUCGCUACAGCCUGGAACACAUCUCAUCGCUGUUCAGCACGCAGGAGACUCUGGUGGACUUUGCCCUGACCUCCUCAGAUGUCUGGGCUCUGUGGGUGGAUGACUCUAACACGACUGUGGUCAAAUACAUCAACUUUGAACACAACGCAGCAGGACAGUGGAACCAGGUGUUUGUUCAGCCUCUACCUGAGGAAGAGGUCCCCAUCGGAGUAGACCUGGACCCCAGGGAAACUUACCUGGAGAAUCUGUUUUCUCCACUCCGUUUCACCGCCUCCGCCAUCAUUAAAGCUCUGCAGAUCUUCCGUCGUGGUUCUGAUUGGACCUCUGAUCCGUCCUGGGAGAUGCUGAAGAAGGAAGUGACUCUGGCCGUGGAGAGCGAGCUCCAGAGCAGCGUCACAGAGUUUGAGUUUUCUCAGGAGGAGUACCGUCAGCUGCAAGUGGAGUUUUGGUCCCGGUUCUACUCUUGCUGUCUCCAGUACCAGGAGGCCCAGUCAUGUCCGCUGGGUCUGACCGUCGACCAGCACACCGGGAUGGUUUGUCUGCUCCGGAAGGGCUUCAUAUCGUUCCUGCUGCCUUGUUUUGCCGUGGAUCACCUCUACCUGUCCUACGACCCGUACCUGGUGUCUGAAGAGGCCACACCCAUCACUGAGGACCCUGACGUGGGCCGAGACGUCCUGCAGCUGGUCCAGUGUCUACGGCUGGUCAGUGACGCCAUUUCCACGGAGAUGGCGUACGAGAUGGAGAAAGCUCUGGAGUACCUGCAGACACCUGAGAGAGCCGCCGAGCUCGUCCUGGAAAACAUGCUGUGUAACGACAACGAUAACGUGAUCGUUGACAUCCAGAACAAACUGCAGGACGUCCGGAACCCGAUGGCAGCCAUGAUGGUUCUGCUGAGGGAGCUGGACCUGGAGACGGACUCUGAGCUCAGUGGAGACGCUCCAGUAACAGCAGGUCCAACUCUGAACGUCCGGAUCAGCCUGUCUCAGCUGUACAGCAGCAGCACCGCCAUCUCCGUGAUCUGUCAGGCUGUCUGUCACAUGACCAUGACCCGGGCUGUGUUCUGCAGGGACCUGUUGAUCCUGCAGAAACUCUACCUGCGAUUCGGAGACAAUGUGUUUCUGGGUGGGGGGGCCCAGCUGCUGCAGCUCCAGCAAGAUCUGAUCCCCCGGACCUCCCACCUCCUCUCCUCCUAUCACCUUCUCAAACACAUCAGUCAGAGCCUCGCCUCCUCCGUCCCCAUGGACACCAUAGACAUGAACCUGCAGCACCUCACGGCUCUGGAGCUGUCUGACACACCAGCUGUUUGCUCCCGCUCAGCUCUGAGUCCUCAGACGGUGGUGGAGCUCUUCUACCAGACGUCUGCCAGGAGGAUCAUCAUCUCUCAGAUGUUUUCUCAGCAGCAGAGCGACUCUCUGCUCCUCUGGAAUCACAUGAUCUCCAACGUGGUUCAGCUACUGGCUCAGCUGCUUUGGCCCAGUAACCCUGGUUUCCAGUUCCCGGAGGUUCUGAUGGCCAACUGUCAGUACACUCAGCUGCAGGAGUACGUGCGUCUGAUUGGUCCAUGGUGUCAGGUGAACAUCGGCUCCUGUCGCUUCAUGCUGGCUCAGUGUUAUCUGGCCAACGGGGAGGGUCAGAAGGCUCUGCAGUGCUUCCAGGAGGCGGCGACGGAAGUGGAGAAGGAGGAGUUUCUAAUGAAGCUGACGGGCAGCGAGGACGAGGAGGCUGCUUCCAGCCCCAGACUGCAGUUCUACAACAAGGUGCUGCGGCUGCUGGAGGAUGUGGGUCUGCCUGAGCUCGUCAUCCAGCUCGCCUCUCUGGCUGUUACAGAGGUCGGCGGUGACGUCAACAGUCAGGCGGCUCUGUGGACUCGGAUCUUCAAGCAUCAUCUGGAUCUGGGACACAACAGUGAAGCCUACGAAGCUCUGACACAGAACCCAGACAGCAGCAUGCAGCUGGAUUGCCUCCGUCAGCUGGUGGUGGUUCUGUGUGAACGCUCUCAGCUUCAGGAUUUAGUCCAGUUUCCAUACGUCAACCUGCACGAUGAGGUGGUCAGUAUCAUUGAGUCCCGAGCCCGUGGUCUGGACCUGCUGACCCAUAACUACUACGACCUGCUGUACUCGUUCCACAUCGCCCGCCACAACUACAGGAAAGCGGGAACCGUCAUGUUCGAGUUCGGGAUGCGGCUCGGUCGAGAGGUUCGGACCCGACUGGGCCUCCAGAAACAGGUGAACUGUUACCUGGCCGCUUUGAACUGUCUGCGCCUCAUCAGACCCGAGUACGCCUGGAUCGUCCAACCCACCUGCGGGAACACGUACGAGCGACCCGGAGCGUCACCGAAGAGAAAUUCUGAUGGAGAGUUUCCUGCAGAACCAGCCUCAGGCAGACGUCAAGUAGACAUCCUGGAACUACACGACCUGGAGAAAGAGUACUUCCUGUCCCGGGCCCGGCUCACAUUGGCUCAGCACCACCCGCCGUCUGCAGCCAUCGCAGGCAGUGCAUCAGCGUCGGAGCUCGUUACCCUGCUGGUCCAAACCGGACUCUUUGACUCGGCUCUGGCUUUGUGUCAGACCUUUAAACUGAACCUGAAUCCGGUCUUUGAGGGUCUGACCUUCAAGUGCAUCAAGUUGCAGUUUGGGGGGGAGGAGUCACAGAAUGAAGCUUGGAGCUGGUUGGCUGCCAAUCAGCUGUCAGUCGUCAACACCAAGGAGUCCAGCGCCGCAGAUGAGGCGUGGCGGCUGCUGGGUUCCUACCUGGACAGGUAUCCUUCCACCAAUGGGCAGCACCAUCAUCAAGUCAUCCACAAGCUGCUGUCACACGGGGUUCCUCCUCCUGAUUGGCUGCUGCAGUCUUACAAGCGUGCGGACGCUGCGUCUCUGCUGCGUCUCUUCCUGAACUUUGACCUGCUGGAACCUGCAGCCGAGCUCGUGUUGGAAUAUGUUGACGCUGUUUUGGGUCGAGGUCAUCAGUACUUUGGAGUAGAGAGGCCGCUGUCUGCCACGUCUCCGCCCACCUGGCUGCCGUACACCUCCAUCGAUCAGCUGCUGAGCGCUCUGAGCGAGACGCAGACCCACAGCAGCCUUCACAGCAAAGUUCGGGACAAACUAGAUGAAUAUCACAAUGUCGUUCGACAGAUGACCAGCCUGAGGCUCGCAGUUCAGAGACAAGUCGCCGCCAUCUGAUCAAUCAUCUGAUCAGUUUUCUAUUUCUUGUUUUUUUUUCAUCUGUAAAUCUGCUAAAUUAAAGUGUUUUUGUUUUU